CCUCGGAUCAUUUUGUCGAUUAUCUUUCGCGUGAUUUUGGUAUUUGCUGCGUGUAUUUUGUGGAUUUUCGUUUGUGGAGCUUUGAACAAGGCUGGUUUUUCCUUCGACUGAAUUUUUGUGGAUUGCAUUUGUUUCGGCGGUGUUGAACAAGGCUCACUUCUUCGAGCUUUGAAGAAGACCGGUGACCUUUUUCCUUGCAGAAUUAGGGUUUUUGUUUGUGUCUCAGUAGUCAAUUGAUUGCAAGCAAUGGCUUCGACUAGCCAUAAUGCUCCGUCUACUAGUUUUAAUACUAUUCGCCACACUUAUCCAUUGUAUCUUUACCCUUCCGACUCCCCUGGUAUGGUGCUUGUCAUCACACCAUUUAAUGACACUGGUUAAGGUAGUUGGAGAAGGGGAAUGUUGAUUUUCCUCUCUGCUAAGAGGAAAUUAGAUAGUGUAUACUCCAUGCUCACACAUGAUGAGCAACAGUCUGAACUUCAGGUCUCUAUCCCUGCAUUUGCUUCUGACUUCACUUCCUUUGCUGUUGGUGUGCAAAGGUUUCCUACUGGGAGUUUCAGAUAUCCUUUUAAGUACCGUCCAAAGAUAACCCCAACAUGAUAAAUUUUGACUCCAUCACCAAAUCUAAUUCUAAUAAUGUGCCCUCAUCGAUGUUUUGCAAGUAUUGCAAGAAACCAGGACACCUCAUCGAAAAUUGCCCCAAGUUUCAUGGUUAUAGUGAAAAUCUUUAAAACAAUUAAGAGCAAAUAUGGUGCUGGUAUGAAAAAUUGUGCACAGAGUGCAAUGUCUUCAGGGUCAUCCAUUCCAUCUUCUUCUGGGAUUAUUAAUUCUUCUCAACCUGAAGUUUCUUUCCAUGGUUUCAGUAAAGAACAACAUGACCACAGUUUCUCCCUUCUUCAGCAAAAUAACAUACAAGAUUCUAGACUACGUGCUUCUACAAACUUUUCAGGGCUAUUCUCUGAAGAUGCCACUGGAAGUUGGUAAACUCUCUAAUGGACUAUACAUACUUCAGUUGAAUGGUUCCACUCCACAAGACAUUACUGAUGGUGCUCCUGCUGUUUCCUUAGCUUCUUCAGCUGCUCCUUUUACUAUUGAUCCUGUUUCUACUCCCAAUGCUGCUUUGGAUAAUAUAGCCAAGAAUCCUGUGUUUUAUGAACGUACGAAGCACAUAGAGGUAGAUUGCCAUUUUGUUCAUGAGGCGCUUACCGCUGGACUGAUUUCCUUGCAAUAUGUUUCCACUGCUUUACAACUGGCUGAUAUUCUUACAAAGCCAUUGAUUGGUUUUCAACACAACUUCUUGAUUUCCAAGCUGGGAUUGGUUUCCAGCUUGCCGGGGGAUAUUAGAGAUAAUAUAGUCGGACUUCCACUUCAGCCUCCUUAGCCUAUUGUUUAUUACAUAUUGGGCCUGAUCUUUAAUGUUUGUAUCCGACCCAUUUCCUUUAUCAAUUGAUAAGUAUAUUUAUGUGUGUAUUGAAGUAGUUGGACUGAUUUUGACUUAUUUUCUUGAUAUUUUGUUCAUAGAAUGAAAGCUCAUCUUCUUCUCUCUUCUCUCUA